AUGACAACUCUACCCCUCAAAGUGAAGGUUGCUAUCCGUGACCACUGGACCAAGGAAGACAGCCACCUACAGCAGUCCCUCAAGUCCCUCCAGGACGUGCUCGGUCUCGAGGUCGACGUGAACCCCGAGUGGCAGCUCCUCCUCGCCGAGCUCGACGCCGGGUACACCGACAGGGCUGACGCCGUCAUCGCCGUUGCCGGCACCGUCGAGGCGUGGUGCCGCGCCGCAGCGGAGCUCCUCGACGAUCGAAAGAACGAGGAGUGGACCGAGACGCUGCUAGAGAAACUCAAGAUCACCUGGUCGAGACUGAGGCUCUUUAUCGAAGUCUCCACCGGAGACGACGUUUCGACGUCGUGGUCCGACGACCGCGGCGGUUUCCUCGUCUCCCUCCCCCGGCGCCAGCGUAUCACGCCGGUGAACCUCCAGCCGCUCUUUCAGGCCGAGCUCAAGGACUGCUUCGCCGACCACCGCCAGCUACCGCCCUACACGGCCUCGCCCGACGCCGAUGAUUGGGACGACGUCGACGCAAUCGACACCCGCGUGAGCCGCCUCUCCAUCAGCGGCCCCGACGCCGCCGCCCGCCACCGCCGCGGCCCCUCGGUGAGCUCAACCGCGACCCAGCCGCCCCCGGACUUCAUGCCCCGCGCCGACGCCCUGCCCCGUCCGGACGACCUGCUCCUCAAGCCGCCAUACCACCUCAUGAUAUACAGCCGCGGCGCCCACGAGAUCGAGGUCCAGUGCAGCCACAGCCCGACGCUCAAGUUCCUCGCCGACUAUUUCAAGCGCUGGCGCAGGACGAACCACCAGAUUAGCAGCAAGCCCCCAGCCGUCGAGGUCCGUCUGCAUCAGUGCGCCUUCGGCAUGGGCGCCAGCAUCGACCGCCUGGUGCUGGCCACCGAGCACAAGUACGGCGGCGCCUUCAUCCUCACGCCGACCGUCAUCCUCUCGCUCGUCGAGGGCGUUCUGGGAUACAAGCCCGUCUACUCGGACGCCACCACGUGGACGUACCGCCGCGACGUCGAGUUGAAGACCUGA